AUGGAGCACUCUGCUUCUUGGCUGCUGUCCGCGGCCAUGCAGGAGGAGGGCGAGAACUCCGGGCUGCUCCUCAAAGACACGAGGAGCAAGCAUGAAUAUCACAAAGAUGACGGCCACGUUGCCCCUCUGAGGCCUCCCUGUACUCCUUUCGAGAACGUGGGCAUCUGGCCUAGUCUUCCCAAAUACCGUGUCGACCUGAUGUCAGCCGACUUGUGCUACUACAACAUCAGCCUUGCUCAGUUCCACGAUGCCGAGUUCCAGCAGAAACUGGCAGACAAGCGCUACGAGUACGACCCCGCCACCAAGACUCUCACCCUCAAGAUGCCCGGCAGGGUCCACGAGGAGGGCGUCCGCGCCAUCACCGCCCUGCUGGACGCCGCCCUGCGCGACAAGCACGCCCAGCUCUUGCAGACCGCCGCCGUCGGGCAGGAAGAUCACAACCACGAUGAUAACGACGACCACCACAUCGGCGUCAGCUUCCUCGCCGGCGUUCGCCCCAGCGGCAGCCCGGACGUGCACCUCGAGGGCGGCGCCGCCAAGGUGCCGGACCAGAGCUUCGCGGACGGGUGCGCAGUGCAGCCGAGCGUAGCGGUGCUGGUGGCGGCGACGCAGACGUGGGCGGGCGCGCUGGCCGAGGCCGAGCGCUACGUCCUGGGCACCAACGGCCUGGUGCGCGCCGUCGUCGUCGUCAAGCUGGAGCCGGUAGCCCGCGACAAGAACACGCUGCUGCCCGGGGCCGAGGCCCGCGUGGCGCUGGUGCGGGCCCGGAUCGAGGGUGGAUGUUUUGCGGCUGUGGUUGAUUUUGAUGUGGCCCUUCCAAACGACGACCAGACCGACCCGUCUUCUUCUCUUUCUUCCGACGACGACAACGAUGACAAGGAGAACAGCCACCCCCCCGCGCUGACGCUCGACCUCGCCGACUUCGCCAACCCGGACAACCACGCGCGCAUCGCCGCCCUGGGCGAGACCAUCACCAUCCCCGUCUCCGCCCUCCACGACGCCCUUGUCCGCGACCUCGAGGCCGUCUGCCGCAGCCCCCGCGACUUCGCCAUCCCCGCGCUGCCGCCCGGCGUCGUCAAGAAGGAAGGUUUGGUGCUGGAGACGUGCGAUUCCGAGACCGAGGCCGGGGUCAUCGGCCAGGCCGAGUAG